UACAUUACAUCUUCAUAUCUUAUAUCCCUUAUUUCUCUUCCUUUUCUCUUCACACCAACACCGACUCACCUAGCUACACAUUAACACACUCAUGUCAACACUAAACCAUCUUUUUGAUCUUCCGGAACAAAUAUGCUAUGUACAAUGUGGAUUCUGCAAUACCAUUUUAAUGGUAAGUGUUCCAUGCAGCAGUUUGACAAUGGUGGUGACAGUAAGAUGUGGUCACUGCACAAGUCUCUUAUCUGUUAACAUGAUGAAAGCUUCUUUUGUCCCUUUCCACCUUUUAGCAUCUCUUACUCAUCUUGAGCAAAAAGAAAGUAGUAGUCCAGAUGAAGAUGCAAACAAGACUUUGAACAGUAAUACUAGUGCAUCCAUGAUGACUUAUUCUGAUUGUGAGGAAGAUGAUGUAAUUCCAAUCAGCAAUGUUGUCAACAAACCACCAGAGAAGAGACAAAGAACACCAUCAGCUUAUAACCGCUUCAUCAAAGAAGAGAUUAAAAGGCUAAAGGCUAAAAACCCUGAUAUGGCUCACAAGGAAGCUUUUAGUACAGCUGCAAAAAAUUGGGCUAAUUGCCCCCCAACUCAGUGCAAAGGAGAUGAAGAGAGCUGUAGCCAGACAGAUCAAUUUGUGGAUCUUGACUCCCAAGUGGACCCCAAUGAAGCAGAGGUGAAUGAAGAAGAACAAGGAUUCCGUGGAAGAAAGGUACCAAGAAAUUCCAUCUUGGAAAGGACACCAUUUGAGUGAAUGAAUGAAUAAGAAAGCUCACUCUUCUGCAUAUAUGACAAGGAAGAAAGCUGCAUGCAUCUAAUGAAGUCAUUUUCCUUCUGAAAAAAAGAGAUGCUCUUGUCUUGGUAAUGAAACAUGAAUUAAGUAGGUUCAAUCUAGAGAUAACAAUUUGUGACACUUUAGAGUUUGUUUAAUAAUUGACUAUUUUAUCUGA